CAUAGGCCGGAAGUAGCACGGAUCUGUAUCCCGGAAAGAUGCUCGGGCAAAACAUGCUAGCUGUGUGUUUAGCAAACGAGUUUUGUGAAUAUAAGUGAAGUUGUUAUGUUCUGCUUUAAAAUCUGCUUUGCUAUAGGAGUCGACAGCUGCUUCUUAUUAAAUGUCAAGUAGCUACCUUUAACGCAAGAGUCCCCCUAAAGCUCCAGAACCAUGCGCGGUGAUCCUGUGGACUGCGUAGUGAAAACCCCAGUGGCUCUACAGCUCGGCGAUAUGGUGUCCGAUUCAGUCCGUCCUGGAGUUUAUAUCACAGACGUCGUACUUCCCGAGCCGGUCAAUAUUCGGGAAAUCUCCUUCAAGAACUACUACACAGCCUAUUUGACUGUGCGAGUGUUGAAGAAUGAGGAAGGGAGUGAAGAGAAUCCUGCUAAGUGGUUCACUUGCGUGAGGAACUACUGCCUGAUGUCCAGUCCACACACUGAAGGCGGAUCACAGGACUACUUUUCUAUCUACAGACAACAGAUGAUGACGGAGCCAGAUAAAGUUAUUACCGUGCGGCUCAUACUGAGACAGCCUUCUUCAGUCUGGCUGAAUUUCAACAUAGAGGACAUCAAAAUAUACCCAUUGACAGAUGAAGAACCAGAGAGAGACGUUCCUUCCUGGUUAGCUACCAUCACACCCGCUGAAGAGCCUCUUGAUUUGAAUGGGCUUCCUGAUCCAGACACAGUGUCAUCCAGUAUUCAGCACAUGUGGGCUCUCACAGAGAUCAUGCAGUCAAGCCAGACCUCCGCCUCCAUCGGCCGUUUUGACGUUGAUGGCUGCUAUGACGUCAACCUGCUUUCAUAUACAUAACGGGAAGAUCAACAGGAAUUAUGUACACCCAAGCUUAUAACAAACUGGGCAAUGGUAUUCAAGCAUAGCUGUGUCUCAAAUGACGCUAUUCACUAUGUACUUUACAGUGUUAUGCCUCAAAUCAAACACUACUACAAUUUAGAGUUGAAUGUAAAUGAUAAGUUGCCAUUGAAGCCGGUCUGUGCCCAGGUUCGUAUUUUUGGCUGACAGUAAUGGAACAGGCAAUGAUCUGCUGCUGUAUAACUCCUCACCAAGGCAUGUGGAGAUGCUUAUCCGUUCACCACAGCUGUAAAGAGCGGUUUUUUCAGCCUUUUUUUUUUUCAUUUUAAACAUGAAGCUCACUUCCUGUCCUAUCCUCUGACCUCUCUCAUCAACAAGGUAUUUUUCCCCUGCAAAACUGCUGCUCACUGGAUAUUUUUUUGUUUUAUGCACCAUUCCAUGUAAUUAGUAAUAUCUCAAACUAAACACAACAAAAUUAUCACUAAACUUAAAGAGCAAGAGGAGCAAAUUUAGAAUGCAAAAUGGCUGGAUUUGAUUUUUAAAAAAAGGAAUGUUUAAAAUGUGACCUAAAGCAUGGCGCCCUCUAGUGGUCCAACUACCUCACCUAAUAAAGUGUCUGCAACUGCACAGUGUAAAAAACCACUUUUUUCUGUGGUUUUACUGCAUUAUUUGGGUAUUUACGGGACAAAACAUACAAUGAAUUUAUUAAUUAGGGUCCAAAAAGUGGGUCAUUUGAGAAACAGCUUACGUAAUAUAUUUAGGACAAUAACUAGCAAAGGAAAUGCGCUGCAGAUGACGGCAAUCGUCUUGCAUUUAUAUACACUCUUUAAAAUGUUGAAGAUGUUUUUAAGUAACAAGUUAUUUAAUUUCUUCAUAGAUUAUUUAUUUGGUAUAUUAAAAAUGUACAACACCAAUUUGGAUGCUUACAAGUAAAUAAAUUAAGAAAUUACUUUAUCCUUUUUACUCAAAUUUUCCAGAUUUGGAACUACAAGUCUUAUGGCCCAGAGUCAGUGUUUUAAUUAGAAUCCUCAGUUUCAUGUAAUUAUUAAAACGUACAGCUCGUAUCAGCUACUCUUUUCUCCUUUCUGUUAGGAAAGCCAAGUGUCAACAUUUUCAUUAAUCUGUUCAUCUCUGCUUUGUUUAAUCCUAUUCUAAGGUGCUCCACACAGCAUACAUAAUCAGCUAAUAAUAAAAGCCCGAAGGAAGACAAUCAACUCUAUAUUUCAGUCCCACUAUCUCCGGAGAUCUCUGUCUAUUUUUAAACAUUAAUGAAAUGCGUUAAUUAAAACUUAUUGGAAAUCAGUAUUCUGCAUCCGACUGGACCUUCUAUCUGCCCCUUCCUUACAUUAGAAAUGUGAUCUCAUAUGCAACCUUAUAGCCAAACAUGAUCGCAAUCCACUCUGAAAACCUCCCAGCAGUUAGCGAGAAGACGGACGUCUUAAUGCUUCCUUUAUUGGCACCUCGUUAAUAUUCAUGAGCGUGGAUAAACUAGCAUGCAAAUCCAUCUAUGGCUCUGUAUUUGCAUGAUUAUGCAAUGGGAAUUAUUCAAGUGGUGAAAUCCAAACAUACUUUUGACUGUUAAAUGUUCCCUCAACCCUAGUGGUUUUAGCGAGAUAGAACAACUUUUCUCUUUGUGAUUUCAUGCUCUUUGAAUUUUAUGACUGUAUAAUGCAGUGGAACCGGAUUUGUUUAUUACAAACAAACAAUGCCAUUGAAUUAAAUAUCUGGAUGAAACACAGAGU